CCGGGAGACUGUGGACUCGACUGGGCAGUUGCGCCGUCGCUUCCGCUGGGCAUCCUUGUGAGACCGGGUCGGCGCCCCAGCUUUGGCCUCUAUGGACUCUGCUUCUCCAUGCAAGUAAACCCCAAGGAGGACUGACCAGUUCUUGAAUUUCUAAACCAUGGCCCAUGGAUCAGUGAUGUUCAGUGACGUGUCCAUAGACUUCUCUCAGGAGGAGUGGGAGUACCUGGACUUGGAACAGAGGGCCUUGUACAGAGAUGUAAUGUUGGAGAACUACAGCAACUUGGUCUCAUUGGGUUGCUUCAUUUCUAAACCAGAUGUAAUUUCUUUAUUGGAGCAAGGAAAAGAGCCCUGGAAAGUUGUGAGGAAAGGAAAAAGACGAUAUCCAGAUUUGGAGACCCGGUAUGAGAGCAAGAAGUUAUCUUCAGAAAAUGACAUUUAUGAAAUAAACUUAUCCCAGUGGAAGAUAAUGGAAAGAAUUAAAAGCCAUGGCCUUAAGGACCUUAUUUUAAAAAAUGAUUGGGAGUCCAAAAGAAAAUUUGAACGACAAGGAUAUGUCAGUCAGAUGAAAAUUCCAUCUCAAAAAGUGUCCUCUUACCAGAAACGCACAUCUCUUACUCCACAUCAGAGAAUUCAUUUUGUUGAGAAACCCUAUGAAUGUAAGGAAUGUGGGAAGGCAUUUAGAGUACGCCAACAACUUACUUUUCAUCACAGAAUUCAUACUGGUGAGAAACCCUAUGAAUGUAAGGAAUGUGGGAUGGCCUUCAGACAAACUGCACACCUUACUCGACAUCAGAGACUUCAUUCUGGUGAAAAACUAUAUGAAUGUAAGGAAUGUAGAGAAUCAUUCAUAUGUGGCCCAGACCUCAGAGUACAUCAGAAAAUUCAUAUUGGUGAGAAGCCCUAUGAAUGUAAAGAAUGUGGGAAGGCCUUCAGAGUGCGUGGACAGCUUACUCUCCAUCAGAGGAUUCAUACUGGUGAGAAACCCUAUGUAUGUACAGAAUGUGGAAAGGCCUUUAGACAGUAUGCACACCUUACUCGACAUCAGAAGCUUAAUAUUGCUGACAAACUCUAUGAAUGUAAAGAAUGUGGGAAGGCCUUUUUGUGUGGCUCUGGCCUUAGAGUACAUCACAAGCUUCAUACUGGUGAGAAACCCUAUGAAUGUAAGGAAUGUGGGAAGGCCUUUAGAGUUCGGCAACAGCUAACACUCCACCAGAGAAUUCAUACUGGUGAGAAACCCUAUGAAUGUAAGGAAUGUGGAAAGACCUUUAGUCGUGGUUAUCAUCUUAUUCUUCAUCACAGAAUUCAUACUGGUGAGAAACCUUAUGAAUGUAAGGAAUGCUGGAAGGCCUUUAGUCGUUACUCACAACUUAUUUCACAUCAGAGUAUUCAUAUUGGUGUUAAACCCUAUGACUGUAAGGAAUGCGGGAAGGCCUUUAGACUACUCUCCCAACUUACACAACAUCAGAGUAUUCAUAUCGGUGAGAAACCCUAUAAAUGUAAGGAAUGCGGGAAAGCCUUUAGAUUGCGCCAAAAACUUACUCUACAUCAGAGCAUUCAUACUGGUGAAAAACCCUUUGAAUGUAAAGAAUGUAGGAAGGCCUUUAGACUUAAUUCAUCCCUUAUUCAACAUCUGAGAAUUCAUUCUGGUGAGAAACCCUAUGAAUGUAAGGAAUGUAAGAAGGCCUUUAGACAACAUUCACACCUUACCCAUCAUCUGAAAAUUCAUAAUGUUAAACAAGCACUGUCAAGUUAUGUCCCGGUCAUACUGAAGCUGUGGGGUCUGGAGAUCUGGCUUUUCUGGACACUGCUGUUCUCCAACAGAGAAGUCUGGAGAAGGACUGACCGGUUCUUGCAGUUUGAAACCAUGGCCCAUAGUUCGGUGACAUUCAGGGACGUGGCCAUAGACUUCUCACAGGAAGAAUGGGAGUGCCUGGACUCGGCUCAGAGGGACCUGUAUCGGGAUGUGAUGUGGGAGAAUUACAGCAACUUCGUCUCGCUGGCAGGACCUUCCAUUUCUAAACCAGACACAAUUACCUUAUUGGAUGAAGGGAAGGAGCCCUGGAUGGUUGUGAGGGAAGGGACAAGAAGACACUGCCCUGAUUUGGAGUCCAGAUACAGGACCAAUACGUUAUCUCCAGAAAAGGACAUUUAUGAAAUAUAUUCAUUCCAAUGGGAGAUAAUGGAAAGAAUUAAAAGCUAUAGCCUUCAGGACUCCAUUUUCAGAAAUGAUUGGGAAUGCAAAAGCAAGAUGGAGGGGCAAAAGGAACCACAAGAGGGAUAUUUUGGGCAAGUGAAAAUUACUUCUGAAAAAAUGACCACUUACAAAAAGCAUAAUUUCCUUGCUGAAUAUCAGAGAGUUCAUAAUGGAGAAAAGUUAUAUGAAUGUAAGGAAUGUAGGAAGACCUUUAUUCGUCGCUCAACACUUAGUCAACAUCUGAGAAUUCAUACUGGUGAGAAACCUUAUAAAUGUAAGGAAUGUGGGCAGGCCUUUAGACAGCGUGCACACCUUAUUCGACAUCACAAACUUCAUACUGGUGAGAAACCCUAUGAAUGUAAGGAAUGUGGGAAGGCCUUUACGGUGCUCCAAGAACUUACUCAACAUCAGAGACUUCAUACAGGUGAAAAGCCCUAUGAAUGUAAGGAAUGUGGGAAGGCCUUUAGAGUACAUCAGCAACUUGCUCGACAUCAGAGAAUUCACACUGGUGAGAAACCCUAUGAAUGUAAGGCAUGUGGGAAGACCUUUAGGCAGUGUACACACCUUACUCGACAUCAGAGACUUCACACUGCUGAGAAGCUCUAUGAAUGUAAGGAAUGUGGGAAAGCCUUCGUAUGUGGUCCAGACCUUAGAGUACAUCAGAAAAUUCAUUUUGGUGAGAAACCCUAUGAAUGUAAGGAGUGUGGAAAGGCUUUUAGAAUAUGCCAACAACUUACUGUCCAUCAGAGUAUUCACACUGGUGAGAAACCUUAUGAAUGUAAGGAAUGUGGGAAGACUUUUAGAUUAAGGCAACAACUUGUUCGCCAUCAGAGAAUCCAUACUCGUGAGAAACCCUAUGAAUGUAUGGAAUGUUGGAAGACCUUUAGUAGUUACUCACAACUUAUUUCACAUCAGAGCAUUCAUAUUGGUGAGAGGCCUUAUGAAUGUGAAGAAUGUGGGAAGGCCUUUAGACUGCUCUCGCAACUUACUCAACAUCAGAGUAUUCACACUGGUGAGAAACCUUAUGAAUGUAAGGAAUGUAGAAAACCUUUUAGACUGCUCUCACAACUUACUCAGCACCAGAGUAUUCAUACUGGUGAGAAACCUUAUGAAUGUAAGGAAUGUGGUAAGGCUUUUAGACUUUAUUCAUUUCUUACUCAACACCAGAGAAUUCAUACUGGUGAGAAACCUUACAAAUGUAAGGAAUGUAAGAAGGCCUUUAGACAACAUUCACACCUGACUCAACAUCAGAAAAUUCAUAAUGGAAUUUGAUACAAGUAAGCCUUCAAAUGUACAUUAUGUUACAGAACAUCAGAAAAUUCGUUUUUGAGAAAAUUUGUUUCAUGCUCACAACUAAGCCUAAGUUAAAUAUAUAAUUUACCUAAAAAAAUAUGUUGCUGUAAAAGCCUUCCAUCACAUUCAAACAUUGUUUGUCUUCAGCAAAUUCAUGUGAGAGAAUAAUACAAUGAAUGUAGGAAAAUCUUUAGCCUUAUCUAUCAUUAUCUCCAUUUCACCUCUUUAUUAACAGUAUGUUGUUAGACAAGGUACUUAAACUUUUGUGCCUCAUUUUGCUCACUUGUAAAAUGGUGAUAAUAGUACCUAUGUAUAGUAAUUAUUUAUUGCUAUGUAAUAAAUUACCACAAACUUAGUAGCUUAAAGUUAUACACAUUUAUUAUCUGACACUUUCUGUGGGUCAGGAGUCUGGGUGUAACUUAGUUGAGUCCUCUGCUUCUGGGUCUCUCAAAAGGCUAAAAUCAAGGUUUCAGUCAGGGCUAUGUCUCAUCUGAAGGCUUGACUGGGAGAGGCAUCCACUUCCAACCUUAAGUGGAUGUUGGCUGAAUUCAUUUCCUUGAGGGCUGUUGCACUGGAAUCCUGUUUCUAGCUGGCUGUUGGCUGAAGGCUGAUCUCAUUCCUUGCCACGUGGGUCUCUUCAACGUGGCUGCUUACUUUAUUAAAGCUUGCAAGCCAAGAAAGCAAUAGAUCUGCUAGCAUCAUAGAAGUUACCUUCUUGUGUAAUCUAACCACUGGAGUAACAUUUCAUCGCCUAUGCUGUCUUCUACUGGUUAAAAGCAAGUUAAACUGCCCUACACCGAAGGGAAGAGGAUUACACAAGAGUAUGAACACCAGGAGGCAGGGACCAUUAGGGGCCAGUUCAGAGUCAGCCUGCCACAUUGUGUAAUAGGAUUGUUGUAAGGAAUAAGUAGUUAAUACUUGGAAAAAUAGCAGCCACAUAGCAUGUUUUCUGUAAAUAUUAUCUAUAAUUGUUAUUGUCAUUAGUAUUAGUGAAUUCAUAUGAAAGGAGUAUCCUAUAGAAGUAAUAAAUGUAGAAAUGCCUCCUGUCACUGCUCAGCACUUAUUAAACUUAAGAUAAUUUAUUCUGGAUAAAAUCUAGAGGUUAUAUUGAAUGUGAGAAGUUCUUCAUCACUUAAGUUGCAUUAGAAAUUUCACGUGGAAAAGAAACAUUAUGAAUUUCAUGAAUGUGAGGUUGUAAAGAGUACAACUUUUGAAGUAUCAAAGAGAAAAAUAGGAUAUUAUUUUCCCAUAAUAAAUCCCGAAAUAUAAAUGUUUUAUAAUCCCUAUUUUCUGACCACUGUUCAAGAUUAAUUAGAAGCUAUCAAAGAGAUGGUGAAAAGGAAACUAACCACUUGGAAAUUUAAUAUUGUGUGUGUACAUGUUCAUGUGUGUGUAUGUGUAAAGUGCUUGUAUAAAAGAAAGGAAACGUCAUUCCAUUUCAGUCAGUAUACUUUUUGAUGCUCAAAUUGCCCCAUCUUCAACCAGUGGGAGUUGGGUCUUCGGGUGUGACCCCAAUGGUAGUCUGAUAGUUUACUUGGUUAUGGCUGCCCGAUUUGGUCAGCUAUGGAAGAUGUUUGGGCCAACUCAUCAUUCUGAAAUCUAUAAAUAAGGGGGAAAAUAAGCAUUUAUUUUGCUUUUCCCAUGUGAACCAAAUUUCAGGACCACCAAAAGCUCAUCAAAUUAAAGUGUGUAGUUUUUUUUUUAAUUUAAGAAAUCAAACCAGUAAAUACAAAAAGAUUGAUACGAUUAGAAAAAUCAUCACUUUGUAGUUCCCUCAUGGAAUAAUGGAUCCAGAAAAUGAUCUUCAGUGGAUAUUAAAACUAUUAGGUGAAAGAUUUUAUAGUGACAACUUUAUAGUGGAUUUAUCAAGCUGACCGCCUCUGAACACUUUGGUCAAUUUUAACCUCUAUAAAAGUGGGACUGUCCCACAAUAGGCACCUCCAGCUAUAAUGCAAUGGGAAGUACAUGCCACUGCCUAUGAAGCCUUAUUGCCAAAAUGAUGAACUGAAGGACUCAAACCUUGAAAUCAAAUUCUUUAAAACCAAGAAUUUGGGGAAUAGAUGAAUGAAGUUAAUUUCACCACAGCCGAGCAGAUCCAGAAUGUGUAAAAUUCUGCAAAACACACGGCCUGAUUUCUUCAGCUAAUGAAUGGCGUGAAAAAGAAAGGGGCAACUGUUAACAGAUUAAAGAAGACUUAAGAGACGCAUCAACUAAACUCAGCGUGUGGGCGUUACUCGGACCUAGUUCGAACAAAAUGUUAGAACAUUGUGGAGACAGUGGGGGAAACGUGGACGUGCGCUCAGUGUUAGGUGACAUUUAGAAAUAUUAAUUUUGUUAGGGAUGAUAAUAUCAAUGUGGUUAUUAAAAAAUAAAGGAUCGUAUGUGUUAGAGACACUUACAUAUUUAUGAAAUGAUAAGCUAUCCGGAUUAGCAUUACCAUGCUCCGGCAAAGGAAAAGAAAUUGGCAAACAGAGCCAGAAAGUAGAUUGGCAAAAUGUUGAUAAUUACUAAAGUGGAGUGCUUUGUUUGUGGGGGUUCAUUGUUCUAAUAUUUGUACUUUUUUAUGUAUUUGAAAGUUUCAAUAAUAAAGUAUUUAAAAUCAAAAUGAAAUGAUUGUUAAUCAGAUGCCUGCAUAUCUAAAAUUGUCAGAUGUCACCAAAGUUCUGUUCAGUGAGAAAUUAGUGCCCUUUACUGCAUUAAUCCAGUAAGGAAACUUUGGGGGCCAUCUUCAUCUUCCUCUUCACUUAGUCGCAGCAGUCAGCACUGGACCUCUCACACAGAUAAAUGUGUGAAAGGAAUGAAUAAGCAUUUAUGUCAAGAAACUAGAAACAGCAAAAUAAAAUCAACACAAGAAGCAAAGUACAAUUAAAAGGAGAAAGUAAGGGACUAGAUAACGGUAUACUUAACCCAAUGUUAAUGACUAUAUUUUGGCAAAUCUAGUCAAGGGGAAAAAAAAGAAAGAUAAUACAUUUAGAGCAUUAAUGAUGAUAAAAGUGACAUAACUACAGAUUACCAAGGAAAUUUUUUGUUCAUAAGUUAAUACUAUAUGUAUGUACUAUAAGUAUUCCAGUACGUGUAAAAUUUAGAAGGAUUACAUUUUUUUCUAUAAGAAUGUUACCGCAGUUGACUGUUGUAUGACCCAAAUAGGCCAACAAACAAAUGUGUGUGGGUAUAAAGUUCCUGUUUAAGAAAAAGUCUGAUAGUUGUGGCCUUAAGAAACAGAUAAUCCUUAAGAUUUUACUAGUUAAUUUUACACAGCUAAGAUAAUCCUGAUAGAAAACUAGAUGAAGAUAGCUCCUAAAAAGCAAAGUGUAGACCAGCUUCAUUUAUGAAAAAUCUAUUCUUCGUAUUUCUAAAUAAGGUAUAUUUAGACUGUAUUACGAAAUCAGUCUUUGCUAAUGGGGGUCCGUGUGUGGCCUUUCCCAGGUAGCAGGUAUCUCCACACGACCUGUGGUUAACACAGCAUAAGGCCGUAACCCAACAGUCUGCGCAAGUUUGUUUCAUGGAAUGCUAGUCCUUGAUAUUUGGAAAAAAGAUUUCUUGGGAAAAAGAGUAAAUGAAGCAAAGUAUGAAAAAUCUACUUUCGGGGAAAUUCAAGUACACGUUAUCAGCUUGUCAAAAAAAGGAAAGAAAUUUUUAUUUAACACAGUGUAUCUCAAGCUUACUUCAUCGUGGAAUUCUCACUCCAGUCUCUCUUAACAUCUUUAGAAUGUGAACCACUUCGGUAGCUGCUACCGUACCCACAAUGAAUGUCUUCACAGAUGUCGUUUCGGGCAGUGCGGUGAGCGAGCGCGUUGGGAAGGGCUGAGGAAGGGCGCCUUUCUUUGCAGCUCACAUCAUGCUCUGAAAGCAGCUCCCUGUUUUUCUAUGGAGCGGAAAAGAUUCCAGCCUGGUCCUUGCUAAUAGAUAUAUAUAACGUGCUUAAGUGUUCUAUUAAACAGUGAUUAGGACAUAAAUGAUUUUUCGUUAUAAUAAAAAUGGAGUGUUGAAUACCGUUUUGUGUAUUUUCUUUAAAGAGUCGAGAAUCUCACAGGUGCAUGUAUAGAAGUGAAGUUGUUCGCUGUAGGCUGUGUGGACUUCCAGUUUCACGUGUUGCCGGAUUGUUGCCCCAUCAUUGCACCAAUUUUGAAUCCCUCCACUUAUUGAGUAUGAGUGUCCGUAUUUCCCUGCCUCGGUUACGGGUUUCAAUAUUUAGUUUCCCUGAUUACAAGUGAGUUGAGCAUCUUUUUUUCAUGUGUGUUUGUUGGCCAAUCACGUUUCCCUUACAGCGCUUUGUGAUUCAUGCG